AUGCAGGGCUCCGGGGAGCAGCCGGGCCCGCCGCCGCCGCCGCCGCCGGGAGAUCGCCGCAUCCGCGACGGCGACUUCGUGGUGCUGAAGCGCGAGGACGUGUUCAAGGCCGUGCAGGUGCAGCGGCGGAAAAAAGUAACCUUUGAAAAACAGUGGUUUUAUCUGGACAAUGUAAUUGGCCACAAUUAUGGAACCACAUUUGAAGUGACCAAUGGAGGAAAUCUUCAACUUAAGAAGAAAAAGGAAGAGCCUUCUUCAGAGACCAAAGAAGCGGGCAUUGAUAAUCGAAAUAUAAUUGAUGAUGGGAAAUCACAGAAACUUACUCAAGAUGACAUAAAAGCUUUAAAGGACAAAGGCAUUAAAGGAGAGGAAAUAGUUCAGCAGUUAAUUGAAAAUAGCACGACAUUCCGAGACAAGACAGAAUUCGCUCAGGAUAAAUACAUUAAAAAGAAGAAAAAGAAAUACGAGGCCAUCAUCACUGUUGUGAAGCCGUCCACCCGCAUUCUUUCAACUAUGUAUUAUGCAAGAGAACCUGGAAAAAUUAACCACAUGAGAUAUGACACACUUGCCCAGAUUCUAACAUUGGGAAAUAUCCGUGCUGGCAAUAAGAUGAUUGUCAUGGAGACAUGUGCUGGUUUGGUGUUAGGGGCCAUGAUGGAACGAAUGGGAGGUUUUGGUUCUAUUAUUCAACUGUACCCUGGAGGUGGGCCUGUUCGAGCAGCAACAGCAUGUUUUGGAUUUCCCAAGUCUUUCUUCAGUGGUCUUUAUGAAUUCCCACUCAAUAAAGUGGAUAGUCUCCUAAAUGGAACGUUUUCUGCUGAGGCAUUGUCUUCAGAGCCCAAAGACAGUGCUUUAGUUAAGGAAAGUAAUGGCACAUUUGAGGAAAAACAGACUUCAGAACAAGAGAAUGAAGACAGCAUGGCAGAAGCCCCAGAGAGCAACCACCCUGAUGAACAGGAAACAAUGGAGAUGGUUUCUCAAGACUUGGAACAGCAGCCUAAGGAGGGUGGAAACAGAAAGGAUUAUAUUCAGGAAAAGCAGAGGAGACAAGAGGAGCAGAGGAAAAGACAAUUAGAGGCUGCUGCUCUGCUGAGUGAAAGAAACGCAGAUGGUUUAAUCGUCGCUAGCAGGUUCCAUCCCACUCCACUGCUGCUUUCUCUGCUGGACUUCGUGGCCCCCUCCCGACCGUUUGUGGCUUACUGUCAAUAUAAAGAGCCUCUGCUGGAAUGCUACACAAAACUGCGGGAGAGAGGCGGGGUCAUCAACCUCAGGCUGUCUGAAACAUGGCUCCGAAACUACCAGGUUUUGCCAGAUCGAAGUCAUCCCAAACUACUGAUGAGCGGAGGUGGGGGAUACCUUCUCUCGGGCUUCACCGUGGUCAUGGACAACCUAAAAGCGGAUCCCACCCUCAAACCCAGCACCAGCACGUUAGAGUCACACAAGCCUGAAGAGCCAGCCUUCAAGAAACGCAAAUGCCCAGAGUCCAAUUCGUAACCUUCCAAAAUUGCUUCGGUUUUGGUUCUCAGGCAUUAUACAGUUAGUAAUUGAAUUUCAAGUGCCAUUACUAAUUGUGUUCCUUACAUCCUAAGAAUAAUGGCUCUGUAAGGUGGCUCUACAUCUCCACCAAGCAUGGGUUUGGUCUGUCCAAACCCCAAGCCAGGCCUGCCAUAUCAGUGAUCACACAAAAUCCUUUAUGUACUUUUAGUACUCUUGCAAGUAUUUUUGAGGCAUCCUAAAAAUAUAUUUAUACCAGACUUUGUUUCUAUGUUAAGCUAAGUGGAACAACACAAUAUAAAGACUUGCUGGGUCCUGAAAUGAAGGAAUUUGUAGAAAUCUCCUCUCUAUGCCACCCUUCAACCUAAGCAAUAUUGAUGUGUGAGUGUGUGAGAUUUAUAGUACCAAAAAUGUCUGCCCUAUUUCCUGCAGUGGAAUAAACUUUUUUUUAAAUGCUAGAUUUUAUUAUUUUAAUAAUUGAUGAGCUAGGGAAGUGUUGAGUAUUUAUUUUACUCUUUUUUGUUUGUACAAAGAUGUAGUAGGAUACCAAUAUCCUCCUUCCUUGUUCCAAAUAAAGUAACUAGAAUUUUUGUGCACUAUUUAUUAAGGUAAACAGGAUUUUCCCCCCAGAGACUAUAGAAGAUAGCUAUAUAUGCACACAUAUGUAUUUGGUUGUACAUACAACUUACACAUAUUUAUAUAUGCAUACACAUACAGGUGGAGACAGAAUGCACUAUAUGAACCAUGACCAAGUUUAACGCAGGGCUUUUGAACAGUUCUCAUUGCAUUGGUGUCACUUUCUCGUCAAUGUAUUUUUUAAGUGCCUUUUCUGGUGAUUAUUAAUGCUGGUUGAGCUUGCGCAUGUGGUUAGUCUUUCUAAGCUCUAAAAAAUAUAAUGAAACUUUGGUUCUCUGCUGCAGCCAAGGGAAGUGUUUACAGUAAGCCAAGACCCUUGUCCAUUUGAGAAUCUGAGUCUUGCACAACGAACAUGUUUCUCUAGCACAUUGUCCACAUCCUUAGAGAAGAAAUGUGGAUUAUCCAGGGAAGGGCUUCUCAGAAAAAAUGGGGAACUGCUUUUUCUUAGUUGCAUGUACUGUUGAGAUAAUGGCCAGUGAUUACUGAGUACAGUUUUGAAUUCUUUAAAAAGUUGCUUUUAAAGAAUAAAAGUGUUUCCUACUCUGA